AAGAAAAGACUGGCAAUAUGGCAAAGGUGGAACCUAUUUUUCUGUGUGGCUUUUUUCCCCUCGAUUUCAGUCACUUAACUAAACCGAAGCCUCGACGACGUGUCCAACACUAGCCACAUUACGGACUCAAACAUCAGUUUUCGAGCACUGGUUGAAGUUUUGCGACCUACUUUAGCCUAGCCUAGCCGAGUUGACCAACUGCUAACUGCUAACAAAGCUGCAAGAAACGUUGUCAAGCAUUCAGAAAUCAAGUCAGGAAAAUGUCAGCGAGAACGACACCGGCUGCAGUAAAGUUCCAGGAGGAACUUUGUGGAGUAAAAGAGGAGCCCCCACGUCACCAACCCUCUACUGUGUGCAAAAUAAUGCACGCAAAGGUUGUUCUUCACAGACUAGAAGAUCUAUAUGUCAGCCAAGCCCAUCGUCCUGAGCACCAGGUGUCUGCAUGCAUCAAAGAGGAGGAAGAGGGAAAGUCACCAUACAUCAAGGAAGAGGAGGACUUCAUACCCAUUAAAGGUUUCAGCAAAUAUCUUGGUCCCGAGUGGCAGGAGUCGGAGUCUCCUGGCGUGAAAGAGGAAUUGGAGUACCCACAUAUGAAACAGGAAGAGCCAGAGAACCCUCAACAGCAAAAAAGAGAAAUGCAACUUCCAAUCAAAAAGGAGGAGGUAGAGCUGCCAUACGUUAAAGAGGAGGACGACAUCACCAUGUCGACUGGUGAGCCCUUGAAGAGUGAGGAUGAUCCGAGUGAGGCCAGCAGAGGGACGGAGCCACCAAGCAGCAGCUCAACAGAAGAAUCGCAAGCACACAUUUUCAUCGCACCAUCAGAUGGAAAUGGCGCCACGUCACACUCACCUUACAAAGAUGAUUUUAAUAAGAAAUCUCACUGUGAGGACAAACUUUGUAAAUGCUCUUUCUGUGGGAAAACCUUUACUUCUAAGCAAACUCUUUGUACGCAUAUGAGGAGCCACACUGGUGAAAAAACUUUUUCCUGCUUAGAUUGUGGUCAAGGAUUCCGUUAUAAGAGUGGCUUAAAAGUACACACAAGAACCCACACUGGUGAAAAACCUUUUUCCUGCUCAGUUUGUGGUCAAAAAUUCACUCAGAAGAACAACUUAAACAGACACACAAGAACCCACACUGGUUUCAGCAAAUAUCUUGGUCCCGAGUGGCAGGAGUCUGAGUCUCUUGGCGUGAAAGAUGAAGUGGAGCACCCACAUAUGAAACAGGAAGAGCCAGAGCACCUUCAACAGCAAAAAAGAGAAGUGCAACUUCCAAUCAAAAAGGAGGAGGUAGAGCUCCCAUACAUUAAAGAGGAGGACGAUAUCACCAUGUCGACUGGUGAGCCCUUGAAGAGUGAGGAUGGUCCGAGUGAGGCCAGCAGAGGGACGGAGCCUCCAAGCAGCAGUUCAACAGAAGGAUUGCAAGCACACGUUUUCAUCGCACCAUCAGAUGGAAAUGGCGCCAUGUCACACUCACCUUACAAAGAUGAUUUUAAUAAGAAAUCUCACUGUGAGGACACACUCUGUAAAUGCUCUUUCUGUGGGAAAACUUUUACUUCUAAGCAAGCUCUUUGUGCGCAUAUGAGGAGUCACACUGGUGAAAGACCUUUUGUCUGCUCAGUUUGUGGUCUCAAAUUCACUCAGAAGAACAACUUAGACAGACACACAAGAAUCCACACUGGCGAUAAACCUUUUUCCUGCUCAGUUUGUGGUCAAAGAUUCAGUCAAAAGAGCACCUUCAACACACACUGGAGAACCCACUCUGGUGAAAAACCUUUUUCCUGCUCGGUUUGUGGUAAAAAAUUCAGACACAAGAGCAACUUAAACACACACUCAAGAACCCACACUGGUGAAAAACCUUUUUCCUGCUCAGUAUGUGGUCAAAGUUUUAGUAAAAAGAGCACUUUAAGCAUACACACAAGAAACCACAUUGGCGAAAAAGCUUUUUCCUGCUCGGUGUGUGGUCAAGGAUUCAGUCAAAAGAGCACCUUCAACGCACACUGGAGAACCCACUCUGGUGAAAAACCUUUUUCCUGCUCGGUUUGUGGUCAAAGAUUUGCUCGAAAGCCAUACUUGAACAUACACUCAAGAACCCACACUGGAGAAAAACCUUUUUCCUGCUCAGUGUGUGGUAAAAAAUUCAGACACAAGAGCAACUUAAACACACACACUAGAACCCACACUGGUGAAAAACCUUUUUCCUGCUCAGUAUGUGGUCAAAGUUUCAGUAAAAAGAGCACCUUAAGCAAACACACAAGAAACCACACUGGCGAAAAAGCUUUUUCCUGCUCUGUGUGUGGUCAAGGAUUCACUUGGAAGGAUCAGAUGAAGAGACACCUGUGUGGUGGUGUGAGAAGCAGUGGCCAAUGACUGUUUUGUCUGUCAUCAAUGAUUGCUACAUCAGAUUUUGCACACAGGACGAUUGUAUUCUGUAACGCUUCCUCAAAUCCUGUUGAAAACUGAUACUUUUGGUGCCUUAUGUGUGCUUUGUCCUAUCCUUGUAUGUAUCCUUGUAUUGCCAGAAGUAUUGUCUCACUUGAUUUAACUCUCAAGUGAAGCAAUGGAGCAACAAGUUCUGUAACACACGACAAUAAUCAUAAUAAUAAAUCCUGUAGUACAUU